AUGGGGUGUGUACGAGGGAAGGUCAAUUGGGCGAAAUCGCAAAGGUUGUUCCCACCAAGGUCUGGAAAUGUAGAAGAGGAACCAGUGUCGAGGGGUGGGGAAGGUGCUCGACGAGGGGAAAAGAGCAAUCAGGAAGGAAGAGUCCAAUUCAACGUCAAGGAGGAAAAAGAUAAAGAUAAAUAUAGUAGUGAGAGCGACGAAGAAAAUGCAACCGAUUCCGAAUACUCUAUGGCCUCCUUGAGUUCCAAGCGAAAAUCCCAACCACUUCCGCUAUUCUUGGUUGAGUUUGACAUUCCUCGAGAAGGAAACAAAACAAUCCAAGGAAGAGCCAUGUUGGACUCAGGAGCCAAUCGAUCGUUAGUAGGAUAUAAAUUCCUCAAGGAGCACCACUUAAAAACCUCUCCUAUGCCUCGAGCUCUCAAACUUACCCUCGGAGAUGGAAAGACCAAGUUGAAAUUGACGCAACAAACUACUGCGGUCGACCUUAAAGUGCUAGGGAUAGCAGACAGGGUGGAAUUACCUGUGUUGCAUACAGAUGGAUAUGACAUAGUCUUAGGGUUGGAUUUGCUGAUAAGAAACAACCCAAGGAUUGAUUGGAGAAAUCGAACUAUCAAUUCUCAACCUGAGAAGGAGGAACUGGAUGCCAAGACAACUCACAACACUAAAACACUAGAUGUACCCUUACUUGGACAACCAACCCAUGGGAUGGAUCAAUACUGUACCUACAUCACCACCCCAGACAUUACGAUCGAAGAGCAAGCUCUUAUCCCUCCAGCUUCUUGGCCAAUGUCGGAGUUCCCCAACAUUUUCGAUCCAUUACAGCAACAACGCCUACCACCACAUCGACCAGGAUGGGACUUUGACGUCAAAUUUAAAGAUAAUGCCAUACUACCCAAAAUCGCCAGAUCUUUAGAUUACCGCUCCAUCAACCAUCAUAUGAAUCGUUCUACUUUGAACAAAUGGAUCAAGAAGUGGGAAGCAAGUCCUAAUGUCCCUCCAAAGAAGGCGUUGCGAGACCGUCCGUCCCCAGUAUUGUUGGUCAAUAUGGCUUUAUUUGACUGGUUUGUCCUGCAACGAGAGAGGCAUUUGGCAGUCAAUGGCGAGUUGCUGAAGGCUCAGGCUCUUGAAAUUCGUGAUGGUGUAGUCGAGAUUCUCUUGAACCACCAUGCUGACAAGGUUGAUCAAAAGCAAAUCAAUGAUCUGACCGACUUUGUAGCUUCAAAUGGAUGGUUGGAUACCUUUAAAAAGAACUAUCAGAUCAAAGGAAGAACGCCUCAUGGGGAGGCCGGUGGUGUGGAUUUGGAUUUGGUUGUAAACGGUCGAGAAGAGUUGGAGCAGAUCUUGGCUGAAUUCAGAUUCGAGGAUAUUUAUAAUGCAGAUGAGACAGGCCUGUUCUACCGUUUGCAGCCCGACCGAACAAUGGCAUUGAAGGAUGAUGACAGUCCAGGGACAAAGAAAUCAAAAGAUCGAGUCACCGUCAUGAUCACCACCAAUGCAGCCGGCACAUCCUCUAUUCCACCAUACGUUAUCGGCCAAUCAAUGAAACCUCGUUGCUUUGCAUGUAUUCGUCGAGAUCUAGACUCCAAUAGAUUCACCACUUUAGGUGCCGAUUAUGAUGGGCAAGCAAGAUCAUGGAUGGAUACAACUUUGAUGACAAAGUAG